AUGGAUUCAAAGAAAUUAAGUAAAAUAAUAGAGCUAAUUUUCUUAUCGAUUGCUUGGUUAUCAGUGCUAGCCUGUUUAAUAAGAACAGAUUUUAAUUUUCCAUUUGCUUUCUUUUGCUAUUAUUUAUGGAUUUCAAGAGAUGACAAAGCCAAUUCUUUAAUGGUAUUAAUUGAAUUGCUAUUUGAUUAGUUAAUGGUUUUAAAUGGAAUCUUAAUUUUAGUUGAUUUAAUUUGGUUAUUGUCAGUUGGAUCUAUUUGGACUGCCACAGAAAAAAAUAAUCCUGUUUGGGGUAGAUUACAUGGUCUCCAUGUUUUCGUAAUCUUCAUUAGCAUUGUGAAUGCUUUAUUAAAAGUUGGAGCAAUUGUGGCAAUAAAUUCUUAUAGAGGAAAUUAACAAUAAGUUGCUGGUCCUAUUGGAACUCAGAAUCCAUAACAAAGUGGAUUUAAUGAUAUGUCUUAAAAUAGAUAACAACCAUACGCAUAAUUUUGA